CGUCCCUCCACUGCCUCCAGAAUGGCCUGACGAGACACAGACGACUCCUCUACUAACCACAAGACACAUACAGCAAACAUCGAAAAACAACAUGUCGUCCACGGCACUGGCGACGACGUCUACUGCUACCUCGACCUCGCGCACCGCAGCAGGGACAUCCUCACCACUGCCACUGCGCAAAGAUGCCACGCAGACACCCCGAACACCCCAGCGACAGACGGGACAGUGGACGCAUCCACGCAUGGACGAAGUCAUCCGCCGACGCAACGCGACCAAUUUCGACAGCAGCAAUGUCACCACCAUCCUGCUCAGUGCCGGCUUGAUUGUCCUCUCCCUCUUCACGCCCACGGUGCUCUACCAUACAAUCCCUACCCCAUGGCUCGCAGCAGCCUACCCAUACCCGCGCUACGCCGUCUGGACCUUCCAAACCCUCAUGCUCCUCAACAUCCUCAUCGCCACACUCCCCCUCUGGCGGAAACCAGACUCCUGUGAAGACGUUCCUCUCACACCCCAGCAACGCAAACUCCUCGGUCUACCACCCAUGACCCGUCCUGCAACGCCUUCAGAGCAAGCACAAUACGUUACACCACCGCGAUUCUCACGCUCAGCAACACCGACGAGUCGAACGAGCAGUCUGAAUGCGACGAGAGGUGGCUCAUCUCCGCUAUCAGGACGAGGGACACCAAUUGAUGCGAAUGGGAGUUUUCGAAUGACCAACUCGGCGACACUCUCACCAUGGGGUUCACCAGCACAAGGGAAUCAGUUGAGGCGGACGGAGAGUGGGAGCUCGUUCCUGGGAGGUGAUUACAGUGAUGGGAGCGAGAGGAGGAGAUUGAGCUAUACGGCUUUGAGCAAUAACAGCACGGGGCUGGACAUCAGUGGCUUUGAGUCGCUUGGGAGAUUGGAGACGCCAACGAAGGAGAAGAAGGCGAGCGUGGGGUUGAACAAUAAAUGGUUGUACGAGAGAGGUCGUGGGAGUCCGGGCAGUGGGAGGGGUUUGAAGUCGAGUCUGCCAGCGGGAAGUAUGUGGUGACACCCCCACACACUUAAUUACACCGCUAGAUACAGAAUGGAGGUCAGAGGCUCCGUUGCACGAUAUAUACCAACAGAAGCAGGAUGCAAUGACUGAGACACGUGCUCGUACUGUCCACAGAGCUUGAUUAAGUUAUGCACGAGGAACUGCAAAGGCAAAGCUCGGUGAGUGCUUCCACCCUCGACUACCUACAUGUGCUUCCUUUGCUCGCAGGCUUGUCUCCUUUGCAUCCGACAAGAUUGGAGGCAUCGCAGCGAGGACACCAAAACGCAAAGGUGGUGACACCAAUCUCAAAAUCUGCGGUGUGGCCUCGAUAGUACUAUCGGUAUCACGGAAAGACUUGCCCCCAAGUUGGAAUCUCCGGAAAGCUUUGGUGGAGGAGCCGACUACUGUUGCCGCACAUGGACCUAGCAACAAUGUACAUGUAUGAGCAAGUCAGCAGGAGAAUUCCCACCGUAUCGUGCUGGCCAAGCCUGGGAACACUGCGGAAGAUCUGCUCCAUCCGCAAUUCACUUGUCCGCCCACAAUAUCGGCUUUCCGAAACCGUUCGAGGCUUCCACCACAACGAGCCGUCUCCACAGCUAGUUUCGCGCGGGCGGUCAUGAAAACACAGCUUACUUCUCU